AUGACGCGCGAACACUACCAAGCUCUCAAACUCGACGGUCAAAUCCGCGGAGACUACGUAUUCCAUGAAGAGAUUGGCUACGGCGGCUUUAGCAUCGUGCAUCGCUGCACGCAGAUGACGACGGGAAGAAUCUAUGCCGUAAAGGUCCUGUGGACAAAGCAGUACACCAAUCCUCGCGACGCUGAUGAUGUCAAGAACGAAGUGGCGCUCCUCAAGAGGUUGCGCAACACCGGCGGCCCGUUCAUUGACAUUAUCGACGACUUCCAGGAGGGGGAUUACUGGUAUAUCGUUACGCGGUUUGCCGACAAGGGGGACCUUGACAGGAGCCUUGUUAGACAUUUCGAAGAGUACGAUGUCGCAGACAUCAUGCUUGAUGUGUUCACUGGGCUGAACACUCUACAUAAUGUCCUAGGCAUUGCUCAUCGGGACAUGAAACCGGAGAACAUCUUCCUCCGGACCCGUGGCCCCACCGGUACCACUGCCCUCAUCGGUGACUUCGGGCUCUCAGAGCCAAUCAAUCAAGAGAGGCCGGGCGCCUCCUUCAAAUACUGGGCUGGGACACCGUGGUACUGGGCACCAGAGGUGUUCAGAACCCCAUAUGGACCUGCUGCAGACAUCUGGGCCACAGGUUUGAUCAUGUGGCGCAUGUUGAUCGGAAACUAUCCGAUCCCAGGCGUCACUGACAGACCCAACACCGCGAAGGACGCCAUAUACCGAAAGAACGUAAAGGGGCUGCCGGAAAACUGGCUGGAGAAAUUGGAGGACGAAGCAGUGUACCUGAGCCAAGCUGGUGUGGUUUUCCUCUCGUGGGACUUCCUGCAGGGCAUCUUGCACAUCGACCCCAUUAGACGAAUGACGGCAGAGCAGGCACUGGCACACGAGUUUCUCGUCGAUGCCCGCGCUGCUCGUGACAAAGACUAUCCACCUCAGUCGCCUACACUAUCGUCUGCAUCAUCGGUUGACUCAUCAGCUGAAUCACCGCUGCAGUCUGCUGUUCGCGCCUCUGCUCCCUCCCCCUCAUCAUCCACUGCUCCUUCAGUCGGUAGCCCCCGGGUGUCUUCCCACUUUACUCCGUGCAAUCGGGAGGUGGAUGAAGACUACGACGUGGAGGACGAAGAAGAGGAAGAGAAGGAGGAAAAUGAAUAUGUGUUUGAGCAUGAAGAGAAGGUGGAGGAGGAGGAGGAGAAACAGGUCCCGUUCCACGCCCCCGUUACUCCAGCGACCAUAAGCCCAACGACAAUCGCCGCGCAGGCCCUCUUGAUCCUAUCAGAGCUUCCAAAGGCCAUUGUCUCUUCUCCUCGCCGUGUGGCUUCACCAGAGCGAGUCAUCAUUGACCUAACCACGCCUGUCCGCGACGACCGCACAGCAGUCCGCAAGCGCAAGCGCACCCAACGAAAGGUGACACCAAAGGUGCACCACACUCGUGCUGUGGCUGCAAAGGAGACGGGGGUCAUGGUUCCUGCAGCUACAGUUCCACCAGCUGUGGUAGUGCCUUCUGCAGCUGUGGUCGUGCCUUCUGCGCCAAAGGGAAAAAAGAUGGUUAAGGAAAAUACUGCACCAAAGGGUAAGAAGGCUGUGCCUUCAAUCCCUGAGAUGCAGGAGAAAUCGGCGAGACAGUUGAGGGCGGAGAGAAGGGCGAAUAGGGAGGUGAUUGUUGCGCCUAGAAAGGGGAAAGGUAGGGUCACCAAGCGUUGA